AUUUGGUUUAAAAGGUCAAAGAUAAAAAGUUAUAAUCAGUUGUUCUAAAAUCACUAACUUCAAAUACCUUUAAAAUGAUAAGGAUGAAUUAUUACUUAAUCUUUCAUUUAUUAAAGGGUGAAUUAAUAGCAUGGGUAUGUAAUAAUUUAUCAAUGACUGAUAAAAUAAAAGGAACUAAGGAAUGGCUCGAUUAAAAAUUAGCUGAAUUAGAAAUCUUCAAACCUAAAGAAAUCAUCAUUUAUUCUUAUACACAUUUAGAUGUCCAUUAUUCUGAUGGAGCACAAUAUGUUAAAUUAUUAAUGAAUUAUGUUAAUGAUGUUAAUGAUGUUCAAAAUCUACAUAUGAAAGCAUAAGAAGAAAUCUGUAAAAAAAUUGAUAUUUCAUGAUAAAAACUU